AUGGCGUUGGAUGCCUUCCUGGCGGCUGCGUACCGGCUGCGGCCCGGGCAGAAGCUCCGCACGGAACUGCUGCAGCAGGCGACGGAGCUCCUCGAGCAGCACCCGGCGCGGGCGGCAGAGAUCGCCAUGGCCGCCGGUCGGCUGCGCGGCGCCGGCUUCGGCCCGGGCGAGGCGGAGCCGGUGGCGCGCUUCGCGGCGGCCUUCGGGCGACUGGCGGCCCAGCGGCUGCCGAAGGACGGGGCUUUGACGCGGCCGCAGGCGCGUGAGGCGCUUGCGUCCUACGUGGCGGUGGAGGGCCUGGGCGAUGCCGCCGCGGAGACUGCCCGGUCUUUGGCGCCCCACGCUGCAGCCGCCGCCGAGGUCUUGGAGCCCCCGGAGCUCACUGCAGCCUUGGCGCGACUUGCAGCCAGCAGGACCAGGGACGGAGUGGAUUCCGAGUCAGGGCGGUGUGUAACUGCAGCAGAUGUGGCAGUUGCUUUGCAGAAGCCGCUGGUCAAGGCCGAUCUGCGGCAGCUCAGCGCUCAGGAUCUUUGCAAUGCGAUGGUGGGUGUGGCAAGGUCGCCGCUUGUUUUACCGGAUGCUGCCAGUGCGCUUGCCACUGCCGCCAAUGGCCGUGUGGGGGAAUUGUCCUUCCGCGCGCUCCUAGACUUUUCGCGGGCUGUAGCAGAGCUUGCAGCAGCGGUUCCAGCAGACCGGCGACAACCACUGUCUGCUUGUUUGUCCGAGGCUUGGCCUCUCAUGGCUGCGUCAGCCCGAAGAAGCUUGACCCAGUCCAGCGAAGUGGGCAUGUGCCUUUCUGGCUUGGCUCGCCUGGCUGCCAGCUUGCAGGAGUCCCCCGAGGUUGCGGCCUUCAAGGCAGAGGUGCUGACUCCAAAUGCGGACUCCUUAUUGACGGCGUGCCUGGAUGACAUGCGAUGGAUAGAGCUUGCUGGCCCACUCCUCCAUUUGGAGGGAGGGGAGGCAUGGAAGAAGCUGCUGCAGUACCUAGCACUGGAGGGUCUGGCAAAAAUGCCAGCUUCUGGGAGCUCGUCCUCCCGCUUGGUCUCCGUGCUCGAGUGGGUGCAUUCCAGCGAAGGCCACCUCUCCUGCCCUCCCUUCUUCGACUUCGCCUUUCAGGAGUUGAAGCACCGCCUGCCCCAGCUGCCUGCGCCAGAGCUGCGGAAGGCGACGCGACUGCUGGCCGAGGCGCACGUGGAGCGCGUGGAUUUGCUCCCGGCUUGUGCCGCCGCCUUGGAGGAGGUGUCGCCACCCUGGCCGCUGCCCGAGCUGGCGCUGUACCUCUCAGCCUUGGCGCGGCUUCACCACCGCCUGGCAAGCACUGCAAGCACUGCAAGCACUGCAAGCACUGCAAGCACUGCAAACACUGCAAGCACUUCAAGCACUUCAAGCACCAGCACGGAGGGCAAGGAGGGCAGAGGCAAGGAAGGGGCGGAACAGGAAGUGUUGGGCAAGGCCUUUUCUGCAGCAUCUUUGCAGGCGCAGGAGCUGACCCCAGAAGACGCAGUCAGCGAUGCAGCCUGGCUUGCCCUCUCCGCCUUUGCACAGACGAGCUCAAGGCAAGCGGCAGAGGCAGGGAGGCAGUUCCUAGACGCCCUGUGCACUGCAUGGGGCAAGCGCCCCGCCCCACUCUCACUGCAGCAGGUUCACAUUUUUGUGACCGCCCUUCGGGGCUUCUGUGUCGGCAAGGGUGCACCAGCGCCGCCCUUGUCGUCGUUGCCGGUCUUGGAGGAGGGGUGGUGCGCCACACCGUUGCCGCGGCUGCGCAUGACAAGGAGGCGCGGCUCUGCUUGGCUGUGCUGCACGAGCUCGGCGAGGACACCGCCUGCCCGGCAGUGCUGA